CUUCUUCUUGAUUGAUUUCUUUUAUCAUGUAGUUAACAAAGCAUACCAGUUCUCGUCAAUAACUAGCGUGACAUUAUUGGACUGCUGGACAAUAGCAUGGGUUAUAGGUCUCACUUGGUUCUUUCUCGGAACUCGCUAUACCUUAUGGCAGCUGCUUGGUGCUGCCAUCUGCGUGUUAGGGCUUGGUUUAGUGCUCCUCUCCGAUGCCGGGGUGGUUCAAAGCCCAUUUUAGGUGAUUUCCUUGUUAUUGCUGGGACAAUUUUCUUCGCCUUUAGCAAUGUUGGUGAGGAAUUCUGCGUUAAGAAAAAAGGUCGUGUUGAAGUGGUGACAAUGCUCGGUGUUUAUGGAUUCCUUGUGAGUGUGGUUGAGUUAUCCAUAGUGGAGCUAAAGAGUUUGGAAGCAAUCGCCUGGUCUAAAGAUAUUGUAUUUGCCAUUGCUGGCUACACUGUAUCCAUGUUUUUAUUCUAUACUCUUGCUCCCUUCGUUCUAAAGUUAAGUGGAGCCACAAUGUUCAAUCUGUCUAUUCUCACAUCCGACAUGUGGGCUGUCGUUUUCCGUGUCUUUUUCUACCACCAACAGGUUGAUUGGUUAUACUUUCUUUCUUUUGCAACUGUAGCGAUUGGAUUAAUCAUUUACUCGUUAACGGAGGAGGGGGAGCGAGGUUCUCCGCCAGCUCCGCCGGGCGGGGAUUCCAAUGCAGAAUACCAAGAGCUUCAUGAAAACGCCGAAGUGGGGCCAUGAUGAAGACAUUAAACGAGAAAAAAUCUUAUAGUAACGGUGAAGAUGGUGGUUGGCAGGUUUUCUUGCCUGGUAUGACUUCUUGUUGUUACAUGGAUAUUUAAGUGUCUCAUUUAAUACUUUAAAAAUAAAAUAUAAUCUUUAUUGCAAACUAAUUCAUAGAUAUAAAUAUAGAUGUUAAACUAAUUGAUAUUUAUUUUUAUUUUAUUAAAUUGUAUCCUUA